AACGGGAACGAGGACAAGGUGGUGGAGACGGUGAUGGUGGGAAGGUAUAUAGAGAUGGAGCAGGAGGGGGAGUCCAAGACCAUCAAGUCAAGGCUCUCCAGCCUCCUAUGGCAUGGCGGCUCCGCCUAUGACGCUUGGUUCAGUUGUGCUUCCAACCAGGUGGCACAGGUGCUACUUACGCUGCCAUAUUCCUUUUCACAGCUGGGGAUGAUGAGUGGUAUCCUUUUCCAACUGUUUUAUGGUCUCAUGGGGAGCUGGACGGCUUACCUCAUCAGUAUUCUCUAUGUAGAGUAUAGGACUCGGAAGGAGAGGGAGAAGGUGGACUUCAGGAACCAUGUCAUUCAGUGGUUCGAGGUGUUAGAUGGGCUUCUAGGGAAGCACUGGAGGAAUGUGGGAUUGGCCUUCAACUGCACUUUUCUUCUAUUUGGAUCCGUCAUUCAGCUCAUUGCUUGUGCUAGUAACAUAUACUACAUCAAUGACAAGCUGGACAAGAGGACAUGGACCUAUAUAUUCGGGGCUUGCUGUGCCACCACAGUGUUCAUCCCAUCUUUCCACAACUAUAGGAUAUGGUCCUUCCUUGGUCUCCUUAUGACAACCUACACUGCUUGGUAUCUCACUGUUGCUUCCCUCCUUCAUGGCCAGGUGGAGGGAGUGAAGCAUUCGGGACCGACUAAGCUGGUUCUCUACUUUACGGGCGCCACAAACAUUCUCUACACAUUUGGUGGCCACGCUGUUACAGUGGAGAUCAUGCAUGCGAUGUGGAAGCCUCAAAAGUUCAAGGCCAUCUACUUGCUAGCAACGUUGUACGUGCUGACGCUGACGUUGCCAUCGGCGGCGAGCGUCUACUGGGCGUUCGGCGACCUACUACUCGACCACUCGAAUGCCUUUGCUCUGCUACCGCGGACGGCGUGGAGAGACGCGGCGGUGGUGCUGAUGCUGAUCCACCAGUUCAUCACGUUCGGGUUCGCGUGUACGCCGCUCUACUUCGUGUGGGAGAAGCUGGUGGGGCUCCACGACUGCCGGAGUUUGUGCAAGCGGGCGGCGGCGCGGCUCCCCGUCGUGGUUCCAAUCUGGUUCCUGGCCAUCAUCUUUCCCUUCUUCGGCCCCAUCAACUCUGCCGUCGGCUCCCUCCUCGUCAGCUUCACCGUCUACAUCAUCCCCUCCCUUGCCCACAUGCUCACCUUCCGCACCGCCGCAGCCCGGGAGAGCGCAGUGGAGCCGCCACCGAGGUUUGUCGGGAGGUGGAUUGGAAUGUACACGAUCAACGCAUUUGUGGUGGGUUGGGUGCUGGUGGUGGGAUUCGGGUUCGGUGGUUGGGCUAGCAUGACCAACUUCGUCCGCCAGAUCGACACUUUUGGCCUCUUCACCAAGUGCUACCAGUGCCCCCCACCACCUGGUCUUCCCCUUCCUACCAACGCUACAGAUCCUUCCACUGCUCCAUUCCCCACUAAUGUUCAUAACUACACCAUUCCAACCAUUUCUAACAUGUCUCCCUCUCCCUCUCCGUCGCCAUCUUAUAUUGUCCACCACCAUCGCCGCCACCACCAUCAUGGACUAUGAGCUACGCCGGGUACACCCCAAUUGCUGUGAGAAGCUGUGCUAUGAGCUACAAAGCCUUUCAGAUGUGAAACCAAAGAAUGAUCAAGGAACCUGGAUUUCAUUAUCAUUGUCCCAUUUGAACCAAUAGGCUUGGUAGUGGAAAAGAGGAAGGCAGGAUGUAGGCUGGUAGUCAAUUUGUUUUUCGGUACGAGAGAAGAGGGGGGGAGAGAGGGAGAGUAAUGAGGUGUUACUAAAGCAGCAGCUGGCUUUUUUUGUCAUUCUACUUUGCUGCCAAUGUUCUAGUUCUUUUUUUUGUGUGUGUGUGAAUUGAGAAAUGGAAGUUGUAUGGGAUCAUUAUAUGAUGUGACAGGAGUAGUUGGCUCUAACUUUAUCUUCUCC